CACCCUUUAGCCUACGUGACUCACUCUCUGUAACGUAACUCCUCACGUUACUCUCAUUCAAUCACUCUCACCCUCAAGCUCUCCAUUUUCCACGCACAACACACACUUAUGGCGGCUCCAGAGGUGGAGGAACGGGACCCCAGUUCUUGGGAUGAGUUGCUGCGUAAAAUGUUGCCGGAAGGCGCUCCCUUGCCGGACGAAGAUCAGCUUGACUACUCCAUAUCUGUCGAUUACAUUGGCCCUUCUCCAUUUUUCACGCCACCUGUUAAUCCCGUGAUUCCGAAAGAAAGAUUCACUACUUUCCCGAAGGAGGCCCCGUCGCUGACUCCAAGAAACACAGCGUGGCUGAAGUCCUGUUCCAGUUCCGAGACCACGAACUCUGAGAACAAACGGUUGAGUGCUAGUUCAGUCGCUUUUGAUGAUGCGACGGAUGAAAUAAGCAACAAUGGGGACGCUGAAGCUGCCGGUGAUCAUUGUGAUCGCGACAACUCCUCGGGUUCCCAUGAGGGGGGAAGGGAAAUGAAACGAGGGGUUUUUUCGUUGAGUACUGGGGAUAAGAGGAGAGGUUGUAGUAGAUGUGGGAAGGCGAGUAAUUGGGUGUUAAGGAGAAGAGAAGGGUGUAUCGUGUGCGGAGCAGAGUACUGUAGAAAGUGCGUGUUGAAGGCGAUGGGGUCGAUGCCGGAGGGGAGAAAGUGCGUGGGGUGCAUCGGGACGGCGAUUGACGAAGCGAACAGAGGGAGAUUGGGAAAGGGUUCGAGGUUGUUGGCGAGACUCUGUAGCCGGUUGGAGCUUAAGAACAUAAUGAAGGUAGAGAGAGAGUGUAAGGCUAAUCAGGUGAGGGCAGAGCAGGUUACUGUAAAUGGAAGGGAACUGACGGUGGAAGAAUUGGAUGAGUUGUUGGGCUGUGAGUUCCCUCCAAGGGAUUUGAAGCCGGGGAGGUAUUGGUAUGACAAAGAUUCUGGGCUUUGGGGGAAGGAGGGAGAAAAGCCUGAUAGGAUUAUUAGUUCAAAAUUGGAUGUAGGAGGCAAGUUGCAGACUGCUGCCAGCGGCGGAAAAACGAGAGUUUACAUGAAUGGCCGCGAGAUUACUAAAGUUGAGCUCAGAGUGUUAAAGCUGGCCAAGGUUCAAUGCCCUCGUGAUACCCACUUUUGGCUAUAUGACGAUGGAUCCUAUGAGGAAGAAGGCCAAAACAACAUUAAAGGAUAUAUAUGGGAAAAGGCCUCAAUUCGUGCCCUUUGUUCAUUGUAUUCAUUGCCCGUACCCCCUGAACGUGCUCCUUGUACAAAGGAAGAACCUGCUUCAUUUUCAGCUAGAUUAUUUCCUGAGUUUUUGGAGCAGCAAAGAGUCCAGAAACUUCUGCUUCUUGGAAUAGAGGGUUCUGGGGCAAGUACCAUCUUCAAGCAGGCCAAGUUUAUAUACACAAACAAACUUACUACUGAAGAGCGGGAGAACAUUAAGCUCAUUAUACAAAGGAACACAUACAGAUAUUUAAGUAUUUUACUUGAGGGGAGGGAGCAUUUUGAAGAAGAGGCUUUGUUGAAUAAAGAGUCUGCUGGUCAGUCUGCUGAAAUGUCUAUACCAGGGGAAAUGAAAUGUGAUGGAAGCAGGCAAUGCAUCUAUUCAGUUAAUCAGAAAAUCAGCAAUUUCUCUGAUUGGUUCUUAGAUCUCAUGGCUACUGGAGAUAUAAACACUUUCUUUCCUGCUGCCGCACGUGAAUAUGCUCCAGUCAUUGAUGAAGUUUGGAAGGAUCCAGCAAUCCAGGAAACAUACAAGAGAAGAGAGGAGCUAAAAGUUCUUCCUGAUGGUGCUAAAUAUUUCUUGGACCGGGUCAUUGAGAUAUCAAGCAACGAGUAUGAACCUUCAGAGAAAGACAUUUUUUUUGCGGAAGGUGUUACCCCCGGCAACGGCCUUGCAAGUAUUGAAUUUUCACUCAGUGAUCACAGUGCAGUUUCUGAGAUGUACAAUCAACACUCAGAAAGCCAACAACCUCUUAUAAAGUACCAAUUGAUCCAGCUCAGCUCUAAAGGACUAUACAAUGGCUGCAAAUGGCUAGAAAUGUUUGAGGGCAUGAGGGCCAUCGUCUUCUGCGUUUCUUUGAGCGACUACAACCAGACCUGGACAAACACUACAGGUCUUCAGCAAAAUAAGAUGCUGGCAUGCAGAGAUUUCUUUGAGAGCGUAGCACAACAUUCUUGUUUCGAGGGCACACCAUUUCUGCUGCUCUUGACCAAACAUGAUCUACUGGAGGAUAAGAUCGACCAGGUCCCAAUAACCGUUUGUGAAUGGUUCAGGGAUUUCAACCCAUUAAAGACUCAUAGCAAGAGUCUUCCCCUUGCACAUCAGGCAUUUUACUAUAUUGCUGUCAAAUUCAAGGAGCUCUACACCUCCAUCACAGGCAGAAAGCUCUAUGUUCGUCAAAUCCAAGCUCACGACCAAGCAUCUGUCGACGAAGCGUUUAGAUACGUUCGAGAGAUGCUCGACUGGGAGGAGCAGAAGAAUGGAGAUAUUUAUGCCAGUAGUGAUGAAGAUUCAGAUUCAGUACCUGGUGCAGAGACAAGCUCGUCCCCCCUGUGAUCAGCAAUAUCAACCAGUUCUAGUUGACAUAAUCAGGCCUUGGAAGGUUUUUGCAGCUCCAAUGGCGUACAUACUACAGAGCAAUUGUUCUUAUGGAUAACAACAG